AUGGAUGAUCAAUCAAGUGAUAUUAAGAGACUAGAGUAUACUUCAAGAAUGAUUAGACAAAGACAACACAAUCAUCACAGUCACCAUCACCAUCACCAUCAUAAUCAUUUGAUUUCAAAUGAAGAUGGUGAGAAUCCAUAUCAUCAAAUGUCGAUAUCAGUAUAUGAUCAAUUAUAUCAAUCACCUGUACUACAACCUACAAUGACAUCAUCGACAAUGAUAACGACACCUUUACAACAACCAGAGUCGAUGUCUGCUAAUAGUACACCCGAUGUCAUUGCAAUCGGUCAAUCUGUCGGUGAUGUUGUCAUGACUCCCAUGCAUGGUACAACCCAACCACCACAGCUACAAGACAAUACAUUUAAUCCAAUCCCUCUAUUCGAUGAGAAUGGUCAACCUCUUGGACAAUUCAAAGUGAAAGUUAAAGUAUCGAUUGAAGAUCAACAAGUACCCUCUACUCCAAUAACAUCAAUACUAUCAAAUCAACAUUUAAAUGGAAAUGUUAAAAGACCUCCACCAUUUCAAUUAUUAUAA